AGAUACUCGUUGGAUGGCACUCGGACCCGGCAUUGUUUAGCUGGCGCUCGGCUUUCCCUGCACGUCCUCUGUCCCUCCGCAGGUCCCCUGCUGUGAACCCCUCCACCUCCAUCUCCACCUCCGCGCGCGUCGUAGCCCCACUUCAGCGGUCGAGUAGGGAGAAGCCAGCGGGACUCAGCAUGACGUGGAUUCGCGGGGGACUCGGGCUGUGCACAUGGUUCCUGCUGAUGCUGCUGCCUCGAGCAGAUGCAGCCUUCAUAUGCAGCUCCACCCAGUUGAAGUGUGGAAACGGGAGGUGCGUCACCAACAGGUGGAUCUGUGAUGGAACCGACGACUGCGGCGAUGGAACCGAUGAACUUCCCGCAACGUGUGCAACAAAAACAUGUCAGCCAUCCGAGUUCAGCUGCGGCGCUCCCACCAACCAGUGUAUUCCUGGAGCCUGGCAUUGUGACGGCAAAGCCGAGUGCACCAACGGAGCUGACGAGAAUAACUGCACGGCCAAACAAUGCACCCCUGACCAGUUUCAGUGCACCAACGGCCAAUGUGUGUCCACCGCCUUCGUCUGCGACGGCGACAGCGACUGUUCGGACGACUCUGACGAGGCCUCCUGCCCCAAACCCACCUGCAGCUCUAGUUCCUUCCAGUGCAACGACUCGGUGUGCGUGCCGACCCAGUGGAGCUGCGACGGAGACGCGGACUGCCCCGACGGCUCCGACGAGUGGCCGCAGAACUGCGUGGGGCGGCUGCCGGAAAAGACCCAGGUGGGCUGCGGAGUCCACGACUUCCAGUGUGAAAACGGAGAGUGUGUCCACGGCACCUGGAGGUGUGACAGAGGCAAUGACUGCUCGGAUCAUUCGGACGAGUUCAACUGCAGUCUCCCCACCUGUCUCCCAGAUGAAUUCCAGUGCAAUGACGGCAUUUGUAUCCAUGGCGGCCGCCAAUGUGACCGAGUGCCCGACUGCAGGGACCUCAGCGAUGAGAUUGACUGCCACACAGCAAAUGGAUGUGAAGGCUCCGAGAAGUUCAAGUGUCGCAACGGGGAGUGUAUCAGCAUGGACAAAGUGUGCGACAAGCAGAAAGACUGCAGGGACCAGUCCGAUGAACCGAGCGAGUGUGACCAAAACGAGUGUUUGACUGGAAACGGUGGUUGCUCCCAUUCCUGCAACAACCUGAAGGUCGGCUACAACUGCUCCUGCCACCCCGGGUACAGCCUGAACACGGACAAGAAAACCUGUGCAGACAUCGAUGAAUGUGCCGAGGCUGACACUUGCACUCAGACCUGCACCAACCUGCCCGGCAGCUACAAGUGUGAAUGUAAGAAGGGCUACCAGGUCGACCCAGUGAGCAAGACCUGCAGGGCCGAAUCAGGCACAAUUCCCACACUCUACUUCACCAAUAGACACGAGGUGAGGAAGAUGACGGUGGACCGCAGCGAGUACGUCCGACUGAUCCCCCAGCUGAAGAACGCCGUGGCUCUGGACAUGGACAUGCCUAAGAAGAUGAUCUUCUGGUCCGACCUGUCUCUCAAGAAGAUCUACAGCUCAAAGUUAGACGUGGCGGGUAACUCCCACUAUCACUCUGAGGUUAUUGGAAGUGGCAUUGAGGCCCCAGAAGGCAUUGCGGUGGAUUGGAUCCAUGGCAACAUCUACUGGACUGACAGCGUUUUGAAGACCAUCUCUGUAGCAACGACAGACGGCAGCAAGAGGAAGAUCCUGAUCACAGAAGAUCUGGAGAAGCCAAGAGCCAUCACAGUCGACCCUGUGAAUAACUUUAUGUACUGGACAGACUGGGGAGAUGAGGCCAAGAUAGAGAAGAGCGGGUUGAAUGGAGGGGAUCGCGUCGCCUUGGUAACGGAUAACAUCAUGUGGCCCAAUGGCAUCACCCUCGACAUGGUCAACCAGCGUCUGUACUGGGUGGACUCCAAGAUGCACACUCUGUCCAGCAUUGGUGUGAACGGAGAGAGUCGGCACAGUCUCAUAGUCAGCGAGGACAAGCUUGCGCACCCCCUCUCCUUGACUGUCUUUGAGGACCGAGUGUUUUGGACGGACAUCACCAGCAGUGCUGUUUUCAGUGCCGACCGCCGGACCGGGAAUGACAUCACUCAGCUGGCCGCGGACCUGGACCAUCCAGAGGACAUCGUCCUGUACCACGACCUCAAGCAGCCAAUCGGUAUAAACAGUUGCACAGGAAGCCGUGGUGAGAAUGGAGGAUGCGAGUUUCUGUGCCUUCCCGCCCCGCAGAUCAACCAUCGCUCUCCUAAAUACACCUGUGCCUGCCCUGACCACAUGACCAUGGGAUCCCGCAAGAGGACGUGUGUGACAGGCAAAAACCAAACUAGUCCACUGCUCCCGCCCAAAGCACCCACGGCAGCCCCAACUGCAACUACCACCGCCGCUACCAAGAAAGAUACAACUACCUCGGCUAGCCAGCAAGGCACACAGCGGCCUGCCGCUACAGCUCAAGGCAACCGAUUGGCAGCCUCGCCCGAAGAAGCCCAUUUAUCCCACCCUGUUGCCCUCUACGUCGUAUUGCCAAUAUUGGUCAUGUCCCUGCUGGUCUUUGGAGCAAUGUGGGUAUGGAGACACUGGCGUCUGAAGAACACCAACACCAUCCACUUUGAUAAUCCAGUGUACCAGAAGACCACUGAGGACGAGAUGCACAUCUGCAGGAACGGCUCUGAGGGCUACGUUUAUCCCCAGAGGCAGAUGGUGAGCAUGGACGACAUUGAUGUGGCAUGAGCCAAAGACGAAGACACCAGCUGAUUGUGACGUGAGGUUUUUUCUGCUGCAAACAUGAAGCAACAGUGGCCUUUUUUUUUUUUUUUUCUUUCUUUUUUUCUCCCUUCCCUCCCCCCAGGUGCUCAUUUUGUAGCUUAUGUUUAUGACCUCCACAUUGUGCCGUCCAAGACGUUAGAAGGACUAAAUGAAGCCGAACAGAAUGAAGCCGUUUAGUCGGACCAUAAAAUAACUUUAAAAUGAAGGAUGCCUUGCUUUCAAAAGAUUAUGUUCUUAAUCCCGGAGGACUAUUUGGAAGUACUUUGCUGCCAACAUGGCCUCCUCAUAAAUGUUUCCCUUGCAAACCCUGAUCUACUCUAUCUGUACAUGCAGGUGCCUUCAGUUCACACAAAUAAUUCAACUGGGUUAAUGGGAUGUGCAUAAAUGCCUUAGUGACCUCACUACCUCCCAAACCAGAGUCUGUGGUAGUUUGUGCUUUAGCCACACGCAGUGGUGGCCUUCAGUCUCUUCUUCUGGGUAAAGGGUCGCACAUAUAGUUUCCAAUAUAAACGUUUGUCUCAUCCAUCACGUCUUCAACGUAAACCCCAUUUGUAUUGGUACUCUUGCUGUUUUUUGUUUUUUUUUCAGUGUGCAGAAUCACACUUUACUUGCACUGUAAAUGGGGAAAAGCUGCAGUUUCUGAAGUCAACCAAAGUGAAGAAAAAUGUUCGGUUUUUGCAAGGUAAAAAUGUUACUAUAGCCAUGUAAAUAGUUCCUGUGAAUAUUAUGGAAAACUAAAGUUUGCCGUGGCGUUGGUGAUUUACAUUUGUACAUUUUAUUCAAGAGAAAAUGUAAAUAUGUCAGAUUCUUAUUUAUUUAUGAGAAGUUUUUUGAUCGUAGUUAUCUGACUGGUUUUGUUCCAGCUAAGCCAGUAUAGCUGUUACUCUGCACGGCUGUAAACUGUUCAAUCAAGACUUGUUUUGCUCUGUUGUUGUUGUUGUGUGAUAUCUGGUCUGUGUCCCUACUGCAGCGUGGGGCCGCAACUUGAAAUAAGUGCUCUUUGUCUCUUACACAAUGGCCUGUUUUUCAGUAAAAAAUUACAUAAUUUAUUUUACUUCACCUUUUUGUGUUUCUUUGACUUGUGGUUUUCACGGUGAAUCACAUUCUGUAUGUAAUGUGCAACGCACCAAAAAUGUCUGUCUUGUUAAUGCACAUUGCUUUGUUCUCUUUUGGAUGUGUUGGUCUUUUUCUAUUUAAAAGUAUAACUCUUAAAUCGUCUGUUUCUCUUCAAUGGAGGUCGGUUUCACUAGAAUUAUAUUAUGACUGAACUAAACUGGGACAUGAGAAACCUUCCCAUCGGAUGCAGGCCUGAUAAUGAGAUAAUAUGGGGACACCAGAUAUGAAGUGAUCACUGCUGAAUGUCUUGCCGAGCUCUCUGCUGAUUAUCUGUGGUACAAUUGCUGCCCAUGAAACCUGUUAAUUGUCCUUGAAACGCUGAGCGGAUGAGUUCUUAAACGCAUCUCCAUCAACGAUA